AUGCAUCAUUCCACUGGUCGCAGUAAUAGCAGUACUUUCAAGCCCAAUGCAGCACUGAAUGAUGACUGGAGCCAGGUCUCUGAUCCUAUAGAGCGCCGACGCAUGCAGAACGAAUUGCGCAACGAAGAAGGGUCAUAUGCUGAACCCAUGGCUCCUCCCGAAGCUACGCUCCACAAGUCAUGCUCCAAGCCACUGCAAGCCAACAAGGUCAUCGAAGACGAAGCAAACCCCCCUAACGGCCCCAAAUAUCAAGCCCUUGUUCCUUGA